AUGCAAGACGCAAAUUCAUCAGAAAACACCCACGGAUCAUAUGAAAAGGCCGAUCCCUAUAAAUACGGAUGCAUCAUGUACAUGCAUUUAGCAAAUUACGGGGCGACCCAGAUUUCAUUGGUGGUUGGCAUGAGUCUGUCAACUGUCAAGUACAUCAUUAAGAGAGUGGACGAGACAGGAUCGCCCGAGCCAAGAAAAGGGUCCGGACGACCUAGAAAGAUUGACGAGAGGACAGAAAGACACCUUGUUCAAAUAGUUCUUGAGGGUAAUGAUGGAGGAGCUAGAGCUAUCAGGAAAGUCGGUGAAAGGUUCAAGGAAGAAAAUAUCAUCGAAGGAACCAAGUGGGGGAAGGGUAGUGUGAUGAUCUGGAGCUGUUUCUGGGCCGGUGGUUUUGGCCCUUUGGUGUUCCUAGAUGGAGCUUCGUGUUCCAAGAGAACAACGCCAGCUGUCAUACUAGGUCGUACUCGAGGUGGUGGAAAGAUAGCCAUGAGAUCCGAGGUUUUGACUACUGGCCCGCUCAAAGCCCGGAUCUCAACCCCAUCGAGCAUCUCUGGUGGGCUCUCCAGAGGCGCAUGA